AUGGAGGGACACAAAAUAGUUCUUUCGGACGAUUUUUUACAAGACUUCUCCGGAUCAAAACGCACGUCGUACACCAAAACCCAAGCAGCGGUGAGUGAUGAAGCAGAAAAACACUGUCGCGAGUGGGAACACAAGUUGGCCAGAUGCCUCAACAGCUGCCAGGGCGCCAUAAGCGCAAGCUACCGAGCCUCGGAGGCCGCGGGAGCUGAUGGAGCGCCAUCCGCGCAUUUCAGGAAGGUGUUGGAGUGCACCAAGGAAUUUAGGGAGUACGAAGCGUGCAUCCGCAAGGAAGAGAAGUGGGACACUAAGCCACAAACAGACCACGGCAACACACAUACAAACUAA